AUGACUGAAGACUCCAAGUCCUUCAAGGGGGACGGAAAUGAGACAGACGACUCGGCCGAUUUGCUGCAGAGUCUGCUUCAUGGGAGUCUUGACCUCUCGCCAGAGAAAGGCACCCGUACCCCUUCAGCGAAGAGCAAAGCGAGUGUCGGUUCUCCAACCGAUACGAAUAUCGAGGGAACUCGUUCCAAUGUUGGUGAGGGCGCAAACCCAACCGUCGCCGGUGGCAUUUCUGGCGAUGGUGAGGAAGCAGGUAAGACUGGUGUCCAAGCUCGAGUUGUUGUCGUUCGUCCGGAUAUGUUGAAUCUGUACUGUUGCGGCGUCAUCGGUUCACCUGCCGGUCAGAAGUUCUGUUUCAAGGAAGACUGCACCAUUGCCGCGCAUGAGAGCAAAGUGGCUUUGCAAGAGGGAAACCUCUACAUCAUACCGCUUACCAAGUCAGUUGGAAAGAACAAGACCAAGAUUGGGACCUAUGGACUUUUGUCGCCCAGCAUGCCCGCAAUCAUGGUCAACGUUCGGUCUGGCGAAUUGGAUUCACUCCUUGGCCGACCCCAUCCGCUCGAGCACUUACGCAUGGUGUUCAGAAGCCGUCUGGCCGAUGCCCAGGAAGCCAAAUCGAAAGGCUCAGUCAAUUGGGCAGGAGGCGCUUCACCUUCGCCCAAGGACCAAGAGACACUCGAAUCGUUUGCAGAAGCGAUUAAGCACGUGCUCACUCCCCGAAAGGUCAGCUUCGAAGCUCAAGCCCAGCGAGUGAAGAUGGAGCGUCAAUCUGAAGCCCAGCGCAUACUGUUUGCUACCAAACCUGAGCACUCCAUUCACGACCUCCGAGCCAAGGCAGCCGUACUGGUCACUGAGGAGUCGAAGCAGAUGUUCGAGGCAGUGCUUUCUGUGCUCAAGGAACAGGAAUCACGUCUUGCUGGCCUGGGUGACUUGGUGGGUCAGUUUCGGUCCCACGACGAGAAGCAAUUGAAGAUGAUUGAAGACGUCACUUCCAGUUUGCACCUAGUAGACUCCAAGAUAGGCUCCUACCAAGGAGACGAUUGGGAAGACAUUGGACCCGACCUUUGGUCAUCUCAUUCUGACAUCCAUUCUCGGGUCAAGGUCGUCGAGGAAGGCGUCAAGUCUUGGCAGCAGAAAGCUAGUAUGGGAACCAAGAAGAUUGACCGCCUCGACUCCAGUUUGGUUCAGGUAGCACAGAUCCACGGGAAGUUGAUAGCCGAUCUCCAAGGACGCAUGAAGGAGGUGGAAACUGGAGUGGAAGAUUUUGGGUCUGUCGGCAGCCAAACGUCUACCCUCACUCCGGGACUUUCAGCUAUACUUGGCGUCCAUCAGACCCCAGUCUCAACUGUCAAGCAAUGCAGUUAUGAGCCAGGCGAUCGAUUCUCUCCCAGCCAACACUCAAAACCGCCUGGAUCGACUGGAGUCCAUGCAAGCCGACGUCUCCAAGAAGCUCCUGGGAACCAACACGUACUCCUUCGGGGAAUUCACAUUUGCGUCGGCUGA